AUGGAUUUCAAUCUCGCCGCGGCAGUCAAUGGAUUUGACUUGGAUAAAGACUAUGAGGUGACCGACAUUGAUGCAAAGCUAGAGUCAGCAAUCCAAUUACUUGCAAAUCCCGAAACAUUAAAUUACGACAAUGACUUGUUCGAAAAUAUGCUUGAGCUCGCACACGCGAUGCCACAACUCCCAAGGUCUCAACGCAAACAACUUGUGUAUUUGGUGACUCUGGGAGUGCAGCAGGUGGCUCUGCAAGUGGCAAAUGCUGUUACUCAUGGCCAUGUUGACGAUAUUGACCUCAAAAUUUUGGUGGAGAAGUUCAGUUAUCUUAUUUACGUGGUUCUCAAAUGGUUGAGUAAGGAGGAGCUCCCUCGUCAAGAACAACGCAAAAAGCUACUGAAUAUGGAUGAGCAUAUUGUUAAAAUAAAUAAUCACCAAGUCGAGGAUGCUUUACAAGCUGUGACAGCCGUGAUACUGAUAUCCCACCUUGAUAAGAUGUUUGUUCUGUCAACAGAACGGGAUCAAUUUGUUGAAUUGUUCACUCGGCCUACUAUCAAUUUGAUGGAAGACCCCGAUCGCAUGAAGAGGCUCAAUAUUCGCCAGCUCAUAUUCAAGAUCCUUGCUCUUUCUGUACAGUUCCACAACCACCAUGCAAUUAUUCGUCAUCUGGUAACUCAGUUACUCCAAUAUUUCCAUCAUUUGGCACCACAUUUAGCGGAAUUAUUGGUGCUCAUUGCAAACACAUACAACUAUCCAAAGUUGACCGAGGACGUAUUACUUGAAAUUGGAAAUUCGAACUUUGAUGCUGCAGACACGAAUGGUCCGAAGCAAGUCGCAGAAUUAAUCGUAUCUCUUUCUCAGUUGGCGCCCCGGUUGGUUCUGCGCCAACUUGCUGCUGUAUCGCAAUUAUUGGAAAACAACAAUAUGCACUUGAGAAACGCCGUUGUUGAGCUGUGCGGCAACAUUGUUCUUGAUAUGAUCCAUGUGAAUGCAGAGGAACAGGACAACCUGCUUGCACCUGCCACCGAUGGCUUGCUUCAGUUAUUGGAAGAGCGGCUCUAUGAUGUCCAUUUUUUAGUUCGAUCUAAGGCCGUACAGGCUAUCACCAAAGUGCUGGAUCUGCUGUUGAAACAGCCUAAACGUCGACUCAAGUGGCUAGCGUUGGCAGUAAAUCAGCUUGAUGAUAAAUCUACUGUCGUGCGCAGAAAUUCUAUCAAAUUAAUGAAUCUGCUAGUGUCUAAUCACAAGUAUCCGGGUCUGCGUUUGUCUUUGAUUGAGUGGACGGAUCGACACGAAAAAGCUAAGGAGACAUUUGAGCAAGUGUCAAGAACUUCGACAAGUCAAGGGGAGAGUGGUGGUAAUGAUAUGGAAGUUGAUAAGGAUUCCGAUGUUGAGAGCGCAUUUACUAUGAGUGACCAGUUCAAUGAAGAGAUUGUAAGAGCUCGUCUCACACUAGAGCUUUGUGAUGAUGCUAUUUGCUUUAUUCGACUUGUCGUUGCUGGCACUGAAAAAGUUUCAAAACUUCUAUUUUCGAAAAGUAAGCUUGAAACCAUUGAGCUGAUGGACUUUCUUGUUUUGGUCGAAGCUCACGGGAUUGAAGAGAGUUUUGACGGAAUUAGACGUAUGUUGCACUUAGUGUGGUCGAAAGCAACAACUGACGAGAAUUCAAAUGCUAUUACAGUUGUGGGUCACUUGAUUGAGUGUUAUCGUCAAUUAUUCCUCCUGCCUCCCCCGACUGCCAUGGAACAACAAGCGCAAUACAUGGCUAAGAACUUGAUCGAGCUCACAUUUGGCGCACUGGCCCUGGAUCUUGCCAGUCUUGAAAGAUUGCUUGGGCUUCUUUAUGAUGCGAAUCAUAUACCCCCCCUGGUGGUUGAUACUCUUUGGGCUAUUUAUCUGAGUCAAAAUCAACGAGCAGCAGUUCGUAGUGGUUCCAUUAUAAUAUUGGGGAUGAUUGCAAGUGUUGACAAUCAAGUUGUUGUGAAGCACAUUGAAGAUUUGGUAGCUGGGUUAUCUGAAAGUGAUUUCAUUUUACGGAAGUAUACGUCUGUUGCCCUUCAAAGACUUAUACCCAAUGAUGCAGCAGUGGACCAAGUAUACAAGAUUCCUCACAAAGACCAGAUUAUCAAUGGCCUACGUAAUGUGCUUCUCGAAUCACAUAGAACCGCUAAAUGGUUUUCCGUUGCUGAGGAGGCCAUAUCUGCUAUUUUCACUUUGUGCCCCGAAGCCGACGAACUAUGCACAGAGAUUAUAAAGGUGAAAACGAAGGCCGUAUUCGAGGGUGGUGAUCCAGCGUCUCUGGAUUUAGCUCAACUACUCUACAUUGUCGGAGAUGUUGCGAUCAAGCUAAUGGUGCUGUUAGAGGCUCAUGAGGCCAUGUUUAAAAAGAAGAAACACGAUUUGGACAUUGCGCGGGCGCAAGGUGAACAUAACGAGGAGCAAGCGCAACAGCAAGAACUUGAAAUGAUUGGAGGUACAUCUGAAGAUGACUUUACGGAUGCUGUUACUCACGUUAAGGAGCGUGAAGUUCUCUAUGGUGAGAAAAGUUUAUGCUCACGAUAUGGUCCUCUUGUUGUUGAAAUAUGCAGCAAUAACCACGUGUACAAUCACCCUGAUCUUCAGAGGCUGGCAACUCUCUGCUUAUCCAAAUUAAUGUGCAUUCUGCUGAUUUUUUGUGAGGAAAAUCUAGGGCUUUUUAUUACUAUUAUGGAAAAAAGUACUGACCCUUUAAUCCGUUGCAAUUGUGUUCUUGGCUUGGGCGACAUGGCGGUGUGCUUCAACAACAUUGUGGACGAGCGGACUGACUUUUUGUAUCGUCGCUUAAACGAUGAAGACAUCACGGUCCAACGGACGUGUCUCAUGACCGUGACGUUCCUUAUAUUGGCUGGUCAAGUUAAGGUCAAGGGUCAAUUAAGUUCUAUGGCGAAGUGUCUAAUGGAUCUGGACCCAACUAUUGCGGACAUGUGUCGGCUCUUUUUCACGGAGCUUUCGACGAAGGAUAAUGCUAUUUAUAAUGCUUUUAUUGACAUGUUCAGUGGCCUCAGUGCUGAUCUUCAACUCAACCGCGACCUGUUCAAAAAAAUUAUGCGGUAUCUUGUUGGAUUUAUCGAUAAGGAGAAGCAACAACGACAAUUGGCUGAAAAGUUGUUGAACAGGCUAAAUGCAAGUGAAUCAAAACAACAAUGGGAUGAUGUUGCUUUCGUGCUUGGCAUCUUGCCUUAUAAAUCAGAUGAAAUUCAAGAUACCAUAUCGGAGGGGUUCAAAUAUGCUCAACGACAGGAUCCACUACUGGAAGACGUUGACUUAGAUAUUUAA